AAAGCGCACAGCUCAAAAGCAAAACCCAAAACCCGCACAUCCCCCUUCCCAUUCAUUCUCUCUCCCGCUAUCAACGCCCAAUUUACAAACUGUUUUUGUCCAUAACCAAAACCAAAACUCACUCACACUCCCAUCAGAAAUAUGGUCCCAUGAUGGUUUCUUUCCAACUUCCAACCCAACAACAGUCACCGCCACAACAACAGCCACCGCCACAAUCCCAAUCCCAACCCCAACCCCAGCCCCAGCCCCAGCCCCAGCCACAACCUUCAGAACCACCGCAGCCGCCGAGGACAGUAAGGAAGCUGAUCGUCGAAGUCGUCGACGCGCGGGACCUUCUGCCCAAGGAUGGCCAGGGCAGCUCCAGCCCCUACGUUGUCGCCGACUUCGACGGCCAGCGCAAGCGCACCUCCACCAAGUACAAGUCCCUCAACCCCGCCUGGAACGAGGCCCUCGAGUUCGUCGUCUCCGACCCCGACCACAUGGAGUAUGAGGAGCUCGAGAUCGAGGUCCUCAACGACAAGCGUUUCGGCAACUCCAGUGGCACCGCCCGUAAAAACCACUUCCUCGGCAGGGUCAAGCUAUACGGCACCCAGUUUUCCAGGCGCGGCGACGAGGGAUUGGUAUAUUUCCAGCUGGAGAAGAAAAGCGUGUUCAGCUGGAUCAAAGGCGAGAUUGGACUGAGGAUUUAUUACUACGAUGAGUUGGUUGAGGAAUCGCCGCCUCCCCCGCCUCAGGAGGAUCCGCCGCAGGAGAAGCCGAGAUCUCCGCGUCCGGGGGUUGGGGUGGUCGAGGAAAGUAGGGUCUUCGAGGUCCCUGGAUUUCCGCUUGCGAACCGAAUGCACGAAAGCUCGUACUCGCCGCCGGUUGUCGAGGAGUCGCCGCCACCGAUGGUUCAUGUACAUUCUGAACAGGCCGGGCACGAUAUGUCGAGUCAUCAUCAGCAUCAGCCGGAGCCUCAGUUUCAAUCGGAGGUGAGAAAAAUGGAGACUCACAGAAUGAUGAAUACUGAGAGAGUGAGAAUCCUAAGGAAGCCUAACGGAGACUUCUCGCCGAAGGUGAUUUCCGGCAAGUUCGCGGGGCCGGAGAUGGAGAGAAUCCACCCCCGCGAUCUCGUUGAGCCGAUGCAGUAUUUGUUCAUCAGAAUAGUCAAGGCUCGAGGCCUGGCUCCGAACGAGAGCCCCUACGUGAGGGUCCGUACAUCGACCCACAUGGUGAGGUCGAAGCCGGCGGUUCACAGGCCCGGCGAGCCGACGGACUCGCCCGAGUGGAACCAGGUGUUCGCGCUCGCACACAACCGGCCUGACUCAGUGAGCUCGGAGCUGGAGAUCGUCGUUCUCGACUUGCCGUCCGACAAGUUCUUAGGCGGCAUUCGCUUCAACCUCGCCGAUGUGCUGGUUCGAGAUCCUCCGGACAGUCCCUUGGCUCCGCAAUGGUGUUCUCUAGACGGAGAUCAGAACUCCGGCCGAAUCACCGGGGAAAUCCAGCUCUCUGUUUGGAUCGGGACCCAAGCCGACGAUGCCUUCCCUGAAGCGUGGAGCUCCGACGCGCCAUUCGUGGCUCACACGCGUUCCAAAGUUUACCAAUCGCCGAAGCUCUGGUAUCUGAGAUUGACGAUUAUGGAAGCUCAGGACCUUCACAUUCCAUCGAAUUUGCCUCCAUUAACGGCUCCCGAGAUCCGAGUCAAAGCUCAGCUGGGGCCACAAUCAGCUAGAACCAGGCGCGGAUCCAUGAAUAAUCACAGCGCGUCGUUUCACUGGAACGAGGACCUCAUCUUCGUCGCAGGGGAGCCUCUCGAGGACUCGUUGAUCUUAAUCGUCGAGGACCGCACCAAUAAAGACGCCGAGAUCCUCGGCCACGUCGUAAUUCCGGUGAGCUCGAUCGAGCAGCGAAUCGACGAGCGCUACGUGGCGUCCAAGUGGUUCGGGCUGGAGUGCCAAGGAAACGCGCUGGAGUGCCGCAGGAGCGAGCCCUACUGCGGCAGAAUCCAUCUACGGCUCUGCUUGGAGGGAGGGUAUCACGUGCUGGACGAAGCGGCGCACGUGUGCAGUGACUUUCGGCCCACAGCUAAGCAGCUGUGGAAGCCGGCUGUAGGCAUUUUGGAGCUGGGGAUUCUCGGCGCUCGCGGCUUGCUUCCCAUGAAAGCCAAAUCAGGUGGGAAAGGCUCCACGGACGCUUACUGUGUGGCCAAGUACGGGAAAAAGUGGGUCCGUACUCGGACCAUCACCGAUAGCUUUGACCCGCGCUGGAACGAGCAGUACACGUGGCAGGUUUAUGACCCUUGCACCGUCCUCACCAUAGGAGUGUUUGACAACUGGCGCAUGUUUGCUGGCGUGGGGGAGGACAAACCAGACUGCCGUAUAGGAAAAAUACGAAUACGUAUAUCUACGCUGGAGAGCAACAAGGUGUAUACGAACUCAUACCCGCUGCUGGUGCUGUUGAGAACUGGGUUGAAGAAAAUGGGUGAAAUCGAGUUGGCGGUUCGGUUUGCCUGCCCGUCGUUGCUGCCCGAGACAUGCGCGGUCUAUGGACAACCAUUGCUUCCUAGAAUGCACUAUCUCCGCCCCCUUGGGGUGGCUCAACAGGAGGCAUUGCGCGGUGCCGCCACUCGCAUGGUGUCAGCAUGGCUAGCUCGCUCAGAGCCGCCUUUGGGGUCCGAGGUGGUGAGGUACAUGUUGGAUGCGGAUUCGCAUUCAUGGAGCAUGAGAAAAAGCAAGGCGAAUUGGUUUCGGAUUGUGGCUGUGCUUGCAUGGUUGGUCGGGUUGGCAAAAUGGUCUGAUGAUAUUAGAAGAUGGAGAAACCCGGUUACCACGGUUUUGGUCCAUGUGUUGUAUUUAGUUCUUGUUUGGUACCCGGAUUUGAUUGUCCCAACCGGGUUUCUAUACGUGUUCUUAAUUGGUGUUUGGUAUUACCGGUUCAGGCCCAAGAUCCCAGCCGGGAUGGAUAUCCGGCUGUCUCAAGCGGAUACGGUUGAUCCGGAUGAACUUGAUGAGGAGUUUGAUACAAUCCCAAGCUCAAGGCCACCCGAUGUCAUCCGGGUUCGGUAUGAUCGGUUACGGAUGUUGGCAGCCCGGGUCCAAACAGUUUUGGGUGAUUUUGCGACACAGGGAGAGCGGGCCCAAGCCUUGGUGAGCUGGAGAGACCCAAGAGCCACAAAACUGUUCAUUGGAGUGUGCCUAGCUAUCACUGUGGUUUUGUAUGCAGUGCCACCAAAAAUGGUUGCUGUGGCCUUGGGAUUUUACUAUCUGCGCCACCCCAUGUUCCGAGAGCACAUGCCGCCGGCUAGCCUGAACUUCUUCCGGAGGCUGCCAAGCUUGUCGGACCGGUUAAUGUAGAGGGAGAGCGGGAAGGAAGAGUAGUAGAUAUAAUAUAUGGCAACAUUUUGUUACUUAGGUGCUAAAUUAAUCAGAGGGUGACAAAAAUUUGAAAUUGCGAUGAAAACAACUGUGUUGAGUUGAAAAAGAGGUCCUUCAAAAUAAAGAGUGAAAAAGUGAGUGGGGAAAGUGGCAAGUUGUCAUCAUGUUCUGUUUUUUUGUGGUUUGUUGAAUUGAUUGACUCACUAUUGAAACCUUGAUAUAAGAGAAAGGCAAUGGGAGGGGGAAGAAAAAAUGAGUGUUGGUAGACUUGAAAAGAACAUUUGGAUGGCAGUGCAGAGCUUUCUGUGACGAUGCCGCGGAAAAGUAUGAACACUGAAAUUGCUUUCUAACGUAUAAAAUUGCAUUCGCAUAUUUCAUCA